GUCCAUUUAAUUCAAAUUAACACAACGCAGCACUAUAUUCUCCUUCUCUUCCCUUCAUUCACUCUCUCUCACACAUUCAUUCUUUCGUUCAUUCCCUGUUCCAAUCUUUCACACAUUCAUUCGUUCGUUCGUUCGUUGAUUUGUUCGUUUUGUGGAAAUCAUUUCUUCAGAAUUCGAAAAAGGUAGGGUAUUGACAAUGAUGGUUGUUAUGGCUCUCUAACAAGAGAGUAGGGGUUUGAUUAAGGUUUUGGUGUUGAAGUAGAUGAUUAGUUGUGGGGGAUGUGGAAGGUUCUUGCGAGGAGUUCUGGAGCUACUGAGUUGAAUGACUUCUAUCCUAUUAGACCGGAAUGCCAAGCCGACGCUCCAGCUCCUCGUUUUAAGCCAAGGGCUGGCAAAACUCUAAGUCAAAGAAGAUGGAAUUCAUCAUUCGAUGCAGAAGGUCACUUGAACAUUGCCAAAGUGCUUAGACGAAUCCAGCGCGGGGGUGUCCAUCCUUCAAUCAAAGGGGAAGUAUGGGAGUUCUUGCUAGGUUGCUAUGAUCCUAACAGUACAUUUGAUGAACGGACGGAGCUCAAGAACCGUCGAAGGGGACAGUAUGAUAUGUGGAAAGCAGAAUGUCAAAGGAUGGUUCCAAUGAUUGGUAGCGGAAAAUUUAUUACAACACCCCUCAUCGAUGAGGAUGGCCAACCAAUAGAUAAAUCUUUGAUAGGUGUCCAACCUUCAAAUAAGAAAGUUUUGCAGUGGAUGCAAGUGUUACAUCAGAUUGGCCUGGAUGUUAAUCGAACUGAUCGAGCACUUGUCUUUUAUGAGAGUGAAGCUAAUCAAGCAAAACUUUGGGAUGUUCUAUCAGUUUAUGCAUGGUUGGAUGAUGAUAUUGGUUAUGUGCAAGGAAUGAAUGAUAUAUGCUCACCUUUGAUUAUUCUCAUCGAGAACGAAGCAGAUAGCUAUUGGUGCUUUGAUCGUGCAAUGCGAAGGAUGAGAGAGAACUUCAGGACCAGUGCAAGUUCAAUGGGGGUGCAAUCUCAGUUGGCUACGCUCUCACAGAUAAUGAAAACAGUUGAUCCUAAACUUCACGAACACCUUGAGGAUUUAGAUGGUGGAGAGUAUCUAUUUGCAUUUCGCAUGCUGAUGGUUCUUUUUCGAAGAGAAUUUUCUUUCGCAGAUACUUUGUAUCUUUGGGAGUUGAUCUGGGGAAUGGAAUACAAUCCAAACAUCUUUGCAAAAUACGAAGAGCCAGAACGAGCUAAAGCAAAUGCCUCUCCACAAACACUAAGUGACAAGAUUUUGAAGCAAUAUGGAAAAUUUGAGAGAAAAAAUGUGAAGACCGGCAAUGCAGAAGAAAGUAGUGCACUAGCUGUUUUCGUUGUUGCAAGUGUGCUAGAAAUCAAGCAUAGGCGGAUUUUGAAUGAGGCCAAGGGCGUUGAUGACGUUGUCCAGGUUUGUCUUCUUUCAAAUGCAUGUGCCAAAUAUAAAAAAGCAUGUGAGGAGGCAUUGAAAAUUCAGAAGAAGUACCUGAGCAAGGCCCAAGGCAAGAAGUGACAGAGCCAUAGAGACAAUGGUACAUUUUCUCUAACUAUUUGGUUGGCAGCUGUGGUUAACAUGAUCUUGAGGUUUCAGCUUAGCCCCUAUCCCCUUUUCUUUUUUUUUCUUUUUUUCUUUCCUCCCAUUUUUCUUUUACCCUCUAGUGAUGGCUGUAGUUCCAUGCUUCUCCAGUGUUGAUCCUUGGAAAUGAAGUACUAAGUACAAACGCCACAAGAUCUAGAGACCCAGAAAACAUCACCUUCAGAUUUUGUGCAUGGGCCUGGCAAAAAUACUUUUAUUAUUAUUUCUUUUUCUUCAACAACUAAAUUAGUAUCUAUUGUAUUACUAAUCUUAAAAUAAGUUCAUUCUGUUAGGAACAAAAAUUAAAUUAAAAAAAAAAAGAGAGAGAAAAUGUUAGGUAUGCUUUUGGUUUUAGCCAGGAACCAAAAAGUGUACUUCAAAUGUACUUUUUUAUUCGAUAAAUAUUUUUCAUAAUAA